UUUAGAAAACUUGAAUUUCAAUGCAAUAAUAAUCCAAUACAAAAGAAAAAAAUAUGACAAACAGAAAACAAUCAACUAUUUAUAGAAUACCCCAUGAGCCAUGUGAGUGUAAGACCACGACGGACAAACAAAAUCAACAUCAUAAUCAUUCUAUCUCCGACCACCAACAAAGAUGGUGUUAGUAAUAUCAGAGCCAAUUAAGAGCCAAUCAAAGACGGUAUGUGUGAUAGGCGCAGGACCAUCAGGGUUAGUGUCGGCGAGAGAGCUCAAGAAAGAAGGGCAUAAAGUGGUGGUGAUGGAGCAAAACGACGACGUAGGAGGGCAAUGGCUAUACCAACCAAACGUGGAAGAAGAAGAUCCAUUGGGAAAAACUAAAGCCCUAAAAGUCCAUAGCAGCAUUUACUCAUCCUUGAGGUUGAUUUCUCCGAGAGAGGUAAUGGGUUUCUCUGAUUUUCCGUUCACGGUUAAGGAAGGAAGAGACUCGAGGAGAUUUCCCGGUCAUGAGGAGCUUUGGUUGUAUCUUAAAGAUUUUUGUGAGGUGUUUGGGUUGAGAGAGAUGAUAAGGUUUAAUGUUAGGGUUGAGUUUGUGGGGAUGGUGGAUGAUGAUAAAGAUGUUGAUGAUAAUAUGAAGAGAUGGAUGGUGAAAAGUGUAGCGAAGAAGACUGGUGAGGUUAUUGAAGAAGUGUUUGAUGCUGUUGUUGUUGCCUCUGGCCAUUACUCUUAUCCUAGAUUGCCUUCCAUUAAAGGAAUGGAUUCGUGGAAGAGGAAGCAACUUCAUAGCCAUAUCUACAGGGUGCCUGAUCCUUUUCGCGAUGAGGUCGUGGUGGUCGUUGGUUGCUCGAUGAGUGGACAAGACAUAUCUAUAGAGCUUGUGGAAGUUGCAAAGGAAGUUCAUCUAAGUGCCAAAUCACUCGACGUUCCUCCUGGCUUGUCUAAAGUCAUUUCAAAACAUCAUAACUUCCAUCUUCAUCUUGAGAUUGAAUCUCUAGAGGAAGACGGACGGGUCAUUUUCGUUGAUGGGUCUUGUAUUGUUGCUGACACCAUUUUGUAUUGUACCGGGUAUUGGUACAAGUUCCCAUUUCUUGAGAGUAAAGGAAGAGUAGAAGUUGAUGAUAAUAGAGUAGGCCCACUCUUCGAACACACUUUCUCACCUUUCCUUUCUCCUUCUCUCUCCUUUGUCGGCAUCCCUCGAAAGCUGAUAGGGUUCCCAUUCUUCGAAUCACAAGCUAAAUGGAUUGCAAAGCUUUUGUCAGGGAAAACUUCACUUCCUUCCUUUGAUGAAAUGAUGGAAUCAAUCUCCGAGUUCUACCUCGCCAGAGAAGCCGCCGGAAUCCCUAAACGCAACACUCACGACAUCUGUGAUUUCAAUUAUAGCGAUAAAUACGCGGACUACAUUGGAUUUCCACUUCUGGAGGAAUGGAGAAAGGAGCUGUGUAUGUCGGCCUUAUUGAACUCCAUUGAAAAUCUGGAUACUUAUCGAGAUUCUUGGGACGACGAUGAUCUCCUUCAAGAAACCCUUCAAAACCCUUAUUUCACCCAAUUCACUAGUCCUUAGAAAGGUUUUAACUUUUAAUGCAAGUUUCAGUUUUAACAUCAAUAAAAUCACAAACUUUUUUGUGAGAAA